AUGGCAUCGCAUCCACUUUCACUAUCACACCAUCAGUCGUUGCCGGUGAGAAGGUCGAAGCUCCUCCGGGAAAUGGAGAGCAGCGGCGGCGUGGGAGAGCACCGCGUCCGGAUGUCGGCUUGCGGCGGACCAGCAAGCAAGGCCCCUACCGCUGACCCGCCGGAGAUGGGGCUGAAUCGCUUCGUCCGGUUUGUGGCACUCAUCGAGAGGCUCGGCAACGCCUUGGGCACGCUGGCCUUCACCUGGGCGACCGUCGUCCUGCUCGGCGGCUACUCCAAGGACCUCAGACUUGACGAUGAUUUUUGGUACGCCACGGCGAUAGUGUUCCUCGAAGCUACAAGGAUGUUCACCCGCAACAAUAGACUGGAUUACCAACUGUUUUUUAACACCAGGGGAGCUUUUAGACCUGUUGGCUGGAAUGGACUGAUUGCAAUCCUAUGCUUUUUCGAUGUUUUGGUGAUCCUCCUAGAGAAAGGUUCUCUGUCUAAUAUGGGGAUUCUUUUGAUGGCAGUAAUACUUGCAACUGGCAGGUUCUGUCUGGGCUCAAACUGCACAUAUGCAAUCCACUACGCCAUGCCAUAUCGCUAUGGAGCCCCUUGGUUGCAAUCCUACUGAUGGCUCCCCCUCUAACAGAUAGCGUUACUCGAUACAUAUAUGCUGCUGAUUAUAAUGAAUAUCAAAUCGAAGAUCAAAAACUAGGCCCGUUGCCCAGAUGGAUAGUGUUCACAGUACUACUUGUGCCAAUGCUGUUGGUAACAAUAAGCAGGUUACGGUUCCCAAGAAUCAUCACACUUGUGCGUAGAGCUCUGGGCAGCAGACAAGUAUUUUAGCGUCGAGUUAUUACCAACUUGUGCAUGGUUGCAGCGCUAGG